AGGCUCUCGGCUUCUGGACGUUUACGCUGGGAUGUUAGCGUAUGGCUUCGGUAGCUAUACGCGGAACUUCAUGUUUGUGAUUUUUUUCAACGGAGAAAGUGAAGACUGAUUAAUUUCUACAGAAUCCAGUCCGAAAAUCGCUUCGCACGUUGAUCAGUAGUGCCUGACCUCCUGCUUCUCGUCGGCUGUUAGAUCUUCACAGCAGCCAAAUAUGUACCGUUUGCGGGCGUUGACGGCAGUCACGGUCGGGAUGGUGCAGUCCUCGCGGCGAUUUCACAGCAGUGCUGUCCGCACCCCUCACCGGCGCAGGCUGCUGCUGGCUGCUUUGGCAGGAGUGACCGGUGUAUCUGCCACUACAGGACUGCUCUGGACAAGGGCCCACGCCGAGGCAAGCUCAUCCGUGAAGCAUGAGGAGGAGCUGCGGGAGGAGGAGCCUCUGAAGGACGUUACAUCGGAGGCGGAGUCAGACAGCGUGGUCGAGUCCAGCAGCAGUGGAGAGGAGGAGGAGGAGGCGAGCUCAGAGGGGAAGAAAAAGAAACAGAGAAUCGGCUUCCGCGACCGCAAGGUGAUGGAGUAUGAGAACCGUAUCAGAGCCUAUUCCACACCAGACAAGAUCUUCCGUUACUUUGCCACGCUGAAGAUCAUCAAUGAGCAUGGAGAUGCUGAAGUGUACAUGACGCCACAGGACUUCAUUCGUUCCAUCACGCCAAAUGAGAAGCAGCCAGAGAGUCUAGGUCUGGAUCAGUUUGUGGUGAAGCGCUAUGAUGGAAAGGACUUCUGGCAGACGGAGAAGAUCGCUCAGGAACGGGAAAAGUUUGCAGACGAGGGCAGCAUCUUCUACACGCUCGGCGAGUGCGGUCUUAUCUCCUUCUCUGACUAUAUAUUCCUUACCACCGUUCUCUCCACGCCUCAGAGGAACUUUGAGAUUGCCUUCAAGAUGUUUGACCUGAACGGAGAUGGGGAGGUGGACCUGGAGGAGUUUGAGCAGGUGCAGAGCAUAAUUCGUUCUCAGACCAGCAUGGGCAUGAGGCACAGGGACCGCUCCACCACGGGCAACACACUGAGGACAGCAGGCUGCAGCUCGGCUCUCACCACCUACUUCUUCGGCGCCGACCUCAAGGGCAAGCUCACCAUCGGCAGCUUCCUGGAGUUCCAGAGGAAACUGCAGCACGACGUAUUGAAGCUGGAGUUUGAGCGGAAUGACCCGAUGGACGGCCGAAUCACAGAGAGGCAGUUUGGGGGUAUGCUGCUGGCCUACAGCGGCGUUCAGUCUCGCAAACUAAAACAGAUGCAGAAAGGUCUGAAGAAGAUGUUCAAAGAUGCUCAGGGUAUCACCUUUGAAGAGGUGGAGAAUUUUUUCACGUUUCUGAAGAAUGUGAAUGAUGUGGAUACUGCACUGAGUUUCUACCACAUGGCAGGUGCCUCCAUAGACAAAGCUACAAUGAAGCAAGUGGCACGCACAGUAGCGAAGGUGGAGCUGUCAGAUCAUGUCUGUGACGUGGUGUUCGCCUUAUUCGACUGUGAUGGCAAUGGCGAGCUGAGCAACAAGGAAUUCAUCGCCAUCAUGAAGCAGAGGCUGAUGCGGGGACUAGAGAAACCCAAAGACAUGGGCUUCACCCGUCUGGUGCGGGCCAUGUGGAAGUGUGCCCAGGACACUGCCUGGGACUUCGCAAUGCCCAAACAGCAGUAGAGAGAAUGAAAGCGAGAGAUGACAACUAAAUGUCCUUGUCAGAGUGAAUCAUUAUGGAAUGGAUGCAUUAAGAUGGCUUGUCUGAUCAGCCUGAUCAGUGAAGCGAGUGAGCUGUAAGGUACCAGAGCUCCUGCAAGAGGAAACUGCUGCAGUGUGUGUGUGUGUGUGUGUAUGUGUGCGCCCUCUACACACUACCCCGAUGACACUUUUUCAUGGAGUUGCUCUAUAUUGCUGGGUUUUUGUCUGGGUUAAUGCAGUUCUUUAAAGCAGUGGUUCUCAAACUGGUCCUCAGGGGGCAGCAGCCAGUCCAGGUUUAUUCUCCAACCCAGUUUGUGACACAGAGAUCAAGCAAACAUCUGGACCGUCUGGGUGUCCCUGAGGACUGGUUUAAGAACCACUGCUUUAAAGGACCUCUUUUCUCUGUCUGCCACAUCUAUAGCACACUGUUGCUAACCAUAGUCAGUCAUUUCGAGACAUUUUCUGUAUUUAGUAAAAGAACAGAAACAGGAACAGAAAAUGUGUUUACUCACACCACACAUACAAUAGAAGGCAGUGAGCAGAUGCUGGGGCUCUUUUCCAUUGGCUUCUGUUCUAGUUAUUUUUUAAGCCAACAAGUUUUCUGUUCUUUCACAAUAUACAGGCAAAUUACUGAGCCCGUUUACACCUGGUCACUUCAUGGGACUAGUAUCUGGAUUGUAUCCUGAUAAGAUUUAAGCCACAUGCAUUUACAUUUUGUAGGGAAAUGUGUCUCCGGUUGGUCAGACUGAAAUCAGAUUGACGGAAUAUGCAAAUCCGCUCAUUAAGCAAUUAUAGUCAAUCAAUAACCAAUUAAGAGUCAUUUAUUAUGUCGUCUGCGGUUUGUAUUGCACAGUAAUUGUCUGUGCAUAUUGCUCUUAAAUAUUUUGUUUCAUCAGGUCCCAGACCAUAUGCAGUUCACCUGCCCAGUGACGUAGUGGUUGUACUGGGAGGGUUUUUUUGUCAAAUGUGUCUGGGUGAGAUGGAUGCGUUUACGCUGCUGUAACGUGGCUCAACUGCAUCUCUGACCACCUCCUGAAGUGGUUUGUGCAGUCGGAUCUGUGUGUUUUAAAUUGGGUGCGUUCACAUUUGCACUUUUAUGUGGCCUCAUCCAAGUGUCGUCCUGAUACUCAAGACCAGGUGUAGACGGGGUCAGUGACUGUGGUAGUCAACUGUUUAGUACAAAUGCUGGAAUAUUCCUAUAAAAUCUGAGGGAAGUGGGAUGUUGAGGAUGAUUGACAUGAAUUUAGGUGAGCAUUCAGAAGUAGUACAUGCACUGGAAAUGGAAAUUCAUCAGAGCUCUGUAGUCCAUCCUCUUGCAUAUCACACAUGUACUUUUGAUACAUUGUUGAGAAUGUUGACAUAAGUUUGCAGCACUAAACUCGGAAGGACACUGUCUGAAAUAAAAUGGUCAGAGCCCAGCAUUACGAUGUGCUUUAUUUAUCACUCCAAAUAUUCCUCCAUGUCUUCUGUAAUGCAUUAUGCUCUUCUGAAUGUUGGUGAAUGAGUUUAUAAGAGUAUAUCACCCUAUAUUAAACCAUUUUUCAUGA